AUGGGUAUAUGUAACUCUACCUUGUGCCUGUUAUGUGAGGCAAAGGAUGAAACCCACUCACAUUUAUUCUUUCACUGUGAAUACAGCAGAAGGUGUUUACAGGGGGUUGAAAAAUGGUUAGAUAUUCCUAUUAGCAAAGUUCAUUAUAUGGGCCUAUUGAGAUGGGUUAAAUGGAAGAGCAAAUGCAGCAAAUUCCAGAACACAGUAAUGCAUACUGUUGUCAAUGCUACUGUCUAUGUCCUGUGGAGAGCAAGGAAUGAUGCCCUUUUGAAUCAGAAGAUUCCCACUUCUGUUGCUACUAUUAGUUGUAUCCAGAGGAGUGUCAUUGAGAGACUAACUCACAUAGGUGCUAGGAAUCCUAGUACUGAGUGA